AUGAAGCUCUGCACUCUUCUCUUCGCCUUUGUCUGCCUGAGCUUGCUUGCCCUCGCUCUCGCCCACGACGACUACGACCACAGCGACAAGAACGACAACAAGGACCACGACUGGGACUGGGACUGGAAGAACGACAAGGACCACGACUGCGAUGACAAAGAAGAUGACGACGACGACAAGGAGGAGGGCAGGUGCUACUGGAAGUGCGUCAAGGUGUGCCACAAGAAACCGCACCACACCACCUCCACCAAGAAGCACACCACCACGACCCCCAAGCAGACCACCACGACCAAGAAGCACACCACGUCGACCACUACCGAGGAGUGCCCCAGGGAGACCACCACGACCAGGAAGCACUCGACCACCACGACCGAGGACUGCCCCAAGGAGACCACCACGUCGACCAGGAAGCACACAACGUCGACCACUACCGAGGACUGCCCCAAGGAGACCACGACCAAGAAGCACUACACCACGUCGACCACCACCAAGGAGUGCCCCAGGGAGACCACCUCGACCAAGAAGCACUGCUGA